UGUUAUUACAAGUCAAAAACCACGGCAUGUAAUAAUCGAUUAUACUGAUGAAUUUAUAGAUUUAUUAUAGCUUCUGGCGUCUUAUUAUAGCCAAGUCUUUCUAACCAUCAGCUAAACAUAAUAUGUAUAUUGCACUCUUAUUUUUCAUGCACAGGUGUACAAUACAUUUAAUUGUAUAUGUAUAAAUUAUACCAAGUUAUUUGUUGGUAAUGCUAAUAUAUUAUAACUUGAGUUGGAUUGUGAACAAAUCGCGUUGAUGGUGUAAUGAAUAUCUGCAAUCAAACCAGAAAGUAAAAGCACGUAACACGAUCCGCGAUUUGAAUAAACUUACUCAAAAAUGAUAUCGAUUGAAACAAGAACAAUGGUCAACAUCCAAAUUAGCAUAGCCUAUCUUAAUUCUUAGCUUCCAGAUGCCUUUCGAACAAAGCGGAACUGUCUUGCUCUUGUUUCGCAGAUCCUUGUUUAUCUUAACUUCCUCUAUUUCCCCUUUUUUCAUUAUUUCUAACCUUUACUUAUUACCAAAUCAAAAGCACUUAUCAAUAUAAAUAUGAGCAGUCAUAAUCAUCAAGAGAUUAUUUUGCCAUGUUGAAAAGCGCAGCAUCUUUAGUCAUCAUGUUUAGUAAGAACCAGCCUGGAGUUUUAAAAAUAAUCUUUCUUGGUUCUUCCCAACAUGUGAUUCAAAUGCUCCACCUGAGAUUUUAAAAUGUCCACUGAUGUUUUCCUGUUUUAAUUUUUCUUGUUUUUACUGUGGAUAAUAUAGCUAGAGAAUUACUAGUUCCAUCGUUCCAUCUGCAUCUAAUACUCACUUUAAUCAAAAACCGGAGGGUCAUUUCCAAAAAUAAGGCGGAGCUAUCUCUUCAUCAAAAUUAGCCGAGCUUGCAUAACAAAUAUUGUGUCUGAUGCAAACAAACCAUCGUUCACAGCCCAAUUUGAAGGUCGUACCCAAUUGGUUAAAAGUGAAAAAUAGUGCACUCAUUAAGGGAGCACUAACCAAUAACCCCCAACUGUGGACCCAAACUACCCGUACCUAUAUCAUUCCCCCUCGCCCCUAGAUACGAGCACAUAUAGUGCUGCAAGUGUGGUCUAUAGACGCCAACCAGCCCCCUAUUACAUCCAGGGUCCAAGUGGGAUCGACAGCAGGGGAUCUUCGACGAGACGACAGAGAAACUUCUGGGCACAAAAACGAGAACAGCGAAUCAGAAAAGCAAUGAGCAGCGGAGAACCCUGGACGUACUCAACGCUUCCGCGAAACGCCAACGCCUCCCAAAUGAGUCUGAUAGGAGAAGCAAUGGAUACACAAAACAACCCUCACCCCGAACUGAACCCAAUUAUGCACCCGCAAAUGAAACGGACCUCAAAGGGUCCCCCAAACCGACCGCCGCCUAGUGUUCCGCCCCUGGGAAACAAGUUCACAUUUCACUCCACAGAAAUGCUACUGGGGGAUCAUCCGCAUCACUCAAAUCCUCCCUCCCCUUCAGGAAACCCGGGCGCUUUUUCUCCCCCAAUUUCCCCGUACCCCAUGGUACCGCUCCACAGCCCAACCUAUCUAGCUCAACCGGGUAAUUCGAACACCGCACCGAGAGCGGGUAGGAAAUUACAGGAGUUGAAGCAGUCGCUGUUCGCCUCUUGGGGACGCAAACAACCCCCGAGUUUCCAGCACGGAACGCAGCAACAGAACGCGGGACAGUCCGCCAAUUAUCCAGUUAUGGAUCCCGCGAUAUCCUUGCCGGCAUCUGGUUUCGCCGGCGUCCCCGUAUACAUGCGCAGCAUCAGUAGCAGCACUCCCCUCUCCCCCUCCCAAUUCCACUCUCAAGCGUCGCAGCUGAACAGGAUUGGCCAAUUGGGGGAACAUUUGGGGGUUGUUGGGGGGAGUAGUUACCUGAGUGGUGGGAGCAGAGAUAGGGUCUCGUUGCAGUCGAGUGUGGAAAUGGAGGUGGUCGGGGGAGGGGGAAUGGUUAAUAUGGAGAGAUUCAGUUUCAGGUCUUCGAUGAGUGAUGAGCCCCCAAUUGGCCAGCAGAACAAUCACAUUCUAUUCUCAACCCCAACUUACAGCAGCAAAAUAGCCCUGGACAGUUCUACCGGCCACCUGAGCAGUGGUGGGGGUUCUCAGGGCACUGUGGGUGUGGGGGAGGGGGGACAAGAGGGGGGCAGUAGUCUGCCCUGUACUGUGAUGGCUGUGUGUGAUUAUGAGGCAGCAAAAGAAGAUCACAUCUCGGUCAAAGCAGGCGACACUAUCCAGGUGUUAAGCGUGAGCAGUUCCCGUCUCUACUACGUAUUCCGGGAGGGCAACGGACAGGACAUCCUGGACGCAGAGGGUUAUGUGCCCUGGUCAGUGAUCAACGGGGGCUCCAGUGGGUCCACAGGGAUGGGCAACAGUCAGGAGUCCCUCUCCCCUCGUAGUCCGGUGGGGGGACAGUCGACUGACAGGCUGAAUCAGAGCCUCAAUAUGAAUCUCCCGCCUGCACAACGUUCUUCGUGGCACAGUACAAUCCAGGGCAAACUUCUAGAACAUUCUUCUGGUUCUGGUGCUAGUAGAGAGACAGUGAACAUGGCCACAUACAGAGAAGCUCAGAUGAGGAACAGUCAAUACCAGUUCAACACAAACCACAAUGGAGAAAGGGGUCGAGAAAGCAAUAGAACACGGAAGACCAAAAGUGCAGCCUCCCUUUCCCACUUAUUCAAAGCAAACAACAAUAUCAACAACAACAACAACAACCCCAACAGCAACACAAACAACAACAGCAACGGCACAGCUUCAUCGCUGUCGCAUUCAGUUGUGAAUACUUUGAGAAGGAAGAGUAAAAGUCGCCAGAGGUCAUCCAGCAAAGCAUCUUCAGGAGCUUCAUCGUCAUCCAGACUUCAGUUGUUCCUAGGAGGAGAAAACCCCGGCUCACAUUAUGUUAUCGGCAACAGGAAUAGUGCUUCGGACCUCACUGUCGCAGAUGCUUGCCAAUCAUGUUGCCAAUCUUCCUCUGAAAACCCAUACGCAACACUUUACCCAAAAAGCCCCACCCACUCCUGCCCUAAACCGAACGGGGGGUCUAAGCAUCGUUCCCCCGAUCACAUCUCCCAAUCAGGUUGGGCUCCGUACUUCCUCAAAGUACCUGCGCAGUCCGUAAUCACCGUCCAGGCCGGGGAGAAAGGGUUGUUGCAGUGUAGUGUCACCGGAUGGCCCCCUCCAAAGGUAACCUGGCUCGGGCCGAACGGCGAAAGUGUCAGCGACCCAAAAGGGGAUCGGGUGCGUCGUCGGAACAUUCGGUUGGCAACACGUGAAGACGGAGUCUCGACUGUCGAGAUCCCCAGUUGUCGCCACGAGGAUCAAGGAACAUAUUCGUGUGUGAUUAGCAAUCAAUUUGGUUCUUCUAUGAGACAGAUUUGUCUGAUUGUCAAAGGUCGUCCGGGUGAGCCAGGGAAGCCGGAGAUUCUAAAGAAGAGCAGAACUUGUGUGGAGAUAGGCUGGAGUGCCCCCCUACACACUGGCAACCAACUCAUCACUGGAUACACCAUAGAACUGGCACGCAAAGAUUCGAGUGUCUAUUCUCAAUAUGGUGGCAUAAUUGAAACUAGCAAGGAUAGCGACACCAACAGUAACAGUUUGAGUGCAAUGGUUGAAGACUUGACCCCUGGAGUGUGCUACCAGUUCAGAGUCAGUGCCCACAACCACUCUGGCAUCAGUCUGCCCAGCGAAGCCUCAGAUCCAGUCACCAUCAGUGCCUCGUCAUCAACAUCCACAUCCACAUCAAAACAACAACAACAACAAAAUCACAACAAUAACAACAACCACCUAGAGACAAACGGCAAGAACAACAAGAAGAAAGGGGGUCGCUUGUGGGACGAUGGAGCUGACAAAGUCACGUGGAGUCAGAAGUUCGACGAUCACUUCACAAAAGUCGAGGAAAUUGCCAAAGGUCGAUUCAGCACAGUUUGGAAGUGUGAGCAGAAAAAGACAGGGCGAACAGUGGCAGCCAAGAUUGUGAAUGGGAAUAUGUUGGACAAGCGGGACAUCGGCCUGGAGGUCACCCUCAUGAACAGUGUCCACUCCUGUGCCCCCCAUCUGUUUCUGAAGGCCACACACACAUAUGUACACCCACAGUCUAACUCAUUGGUGCUCAUACUACCACUUGUGGGCGGUGGUCGCGGCAGUUGUCGUCUGCUCGAGUUCCUGGUGGAGCACUACGGGGACAACCACACAUACUCGGAGGUAGUGGCCUGCUCCUUCCUCAGACAGGUGGCAGAAGCACUCCAGUAUCUGCAUCUAAACCACAUCGCCCAUCUAGAUGUCAAGCCGGAAAAUCUGCUAGUUGAAGCGACCAGUCAAAGUGCUAAUGUCAAACUGAUCGACUUCGGAGACGCCAGAAGACUCACAACACACACCCCCUUCUCACUCCCGCACCCUCCCCCUUGGGGGGACCAUUUCAGCCCCCACCCUGCGCAUCCUAUUUCUCCCCCGGCUGUACCCCACUGCGUGCCGGGUACUCCUCUGGGUAGUUUUGAGUUCUGUGCCCCAGAACUGAUAGACCCAGAGGGUGGAAACGGAUUUCUGGUCACGUGUCAGGCCGAUAUGUGGAGUUUGGGCUGUGUGCUGUAUGUGUUACUGACUGGGCUGAGUCCCUUCUUGGACGGGGACGACAGCAGAGAGGAGACAUGUAGACACAUUUUACACUCUGACUUCGCCUUGCCAGAAGAACACUUCAGCGACACCUCCCCCCAUGCUAGACACCUCAUCAUGUCACUACUCAACAGGGAUCCCAGUUUGAGGCUGACCUCUUCCGGGUGUCUGGGCCACCCCUGGUUUGCCCACUUCUCCCCCUCCCCCUCUUCGUCCCCACCCAUCCCAGUGGACAGACUGCAGAACUUCAUCAACCGACGCCAACACUGUGCAACUGACGUGAGACCUCUCAAGCGAGAAUCGAUACGACAACUUCUGCAGUCGAUCACGCUCACGUGACCUCAAAAUCACGUGACCAUACAAUCAUGUGACCUCGCAAUCACGUGACCUCGCAAUCAUGUGAUCUCGCAAAAAAAAACAGGAUUGGUGUGCUACGCUUUCACCAACUGUUUCGAGUUACAAAACAGAUGAAAUUUUGAUGGACUCGCCAAGAGCUUGGGAUGGGAUUUCAAUAGGAAAACCUCACCCAAAUCUACAUUUAGCCGCUGGAAGACUCCUUGAACACGUCAUUGAAAAGUUAUUUUAUUCGGACAUAUUUAACACGGACAGAAAAACAAUGAAAAAACUAUUGUCAACCAGAUUGAUAUUUGUUCUGUUAACCGGAAAACUUAUCUCACUUAUCUUUAUAUUCUAGACAAAUUGGCAUUUUAUAAAAAAAAAGUUAGUGCAAUAAAAAUAUCUGAAUUUUAAAA